AUGGCCCCCGCACAGUCUUUCCUGCUCAACACGGGACGCAGAAUCCCCACUGUGGGUCUCGGAGUUUACAAGACACCUGCUGACCAGUGUGUUUCGCUUGUCCGCGAGGCACUGAACGUCGGCUACCGCCACAUCGACUCGGCCGCCCUCUACUACAACGAGGAAGAGGUUUGUGAGGGCAUUUCCCAAUGGCUCGCUGAGGACCCGUCGCGCAAGCGCGAGGACAUCUUCUACACCACCAAAAUCGGAGACCCGUUCCAUGGCUACGAGAAGACGAAGAACGCCAUCAGAGGGUCGCUCGAAAAGGCAAGGAAGAUCGGGUACAUUGACCUGAUUCUGAUCCACUCGCCACAGUCGGACGGCGAGAGAAGACACGGGUCCUGGAAGGCGCUGGAGGAGGCGUACGAGGCCGGCACGGUCAAGAACAUCGGCGUCUCGAACUAUGGCAUCAAGCAUCUCAAGGAGCUUCUGGCGUACCCGGACCUCAAGGUGAGGCCCGCCAUCAACCAGUUUGAGCUGCAUCCGUGGCUGCAACGGCCGGAGCUGGUCGGGUUCUGCCGCGAGCAUGAUAUCGCCGUCGAGGCGUAUUCGCCGUUGGCCAGAGGCCAGAAAGUCGCCGACCCUGUGGUGGUGAAGAUCGACCGCCACCAGGGCCCGGCUGGCCCCGAACCUCGACGUGUUCGGCUUCGACCUGGCCCCAGAGGACCUCGAGACUCUCAACGGCCUCGAGGAAAACUAUAUCAGCGGCUGGGACCCGACAACGUAUCCUUUGGACUCUGA